AGCUGGGCAUACUGUUUUUAAUCACAUCUUUUAUUGCGAAUGGGGAUAAAAAACUUUAACUAUGGAUUCCAAACGUGAGAGAAAGUCGUCUUUGGCUCCACUUUCGCCAUGUCCGAUUCCAGACAUAACGGAUGAUGAGUUGGUGACGAUUUCGGUGCGUGAUCUGAACCGAACUUUGAAAAUGCGUGGACUCAACCGGGAAGAGAUUGUGCGCAUGAAGCAACGACGUCGCACGCUGAAGAAUCGUGGCUAUGCGGCCAGCUGUCGUAUUAAGCGCAUAGAGCAAAAGGACGAAUUGGAAACAAAAAAAUCGUAUGAAUGGACAGAAUUGGAGCAGAUGCAUGAAGACAAUGAACAGAUACGCCUAGAUGUUAAUAACUGGAAGAACAAAUACAAAGCGCUCCUACAAUUUGCUAUUCAAAACGAAAUACCUAUCCCAAGCGAACUGGAGGGCUGCUGAGUGCUGGCAAUGGAAUUACAUUAAAAUUAUUCGCAUUCCUGUUUCAGUUUUAAAAUAUAAGAAUCAAAAUCAAAACACCUGUAACCAUAGUACAAUAGCUGGAAUUUGAUUUGUAACGCACUUAAACUGAAUUUAAUUUUUAAUAAACAUUUGUAUACGAACGA